AUGUGGUGGUACUCGUCCCUUCCCGUACGAAAUGUGCGCGACGUCGAGGAAUCCUACGACUAUGUGAUAGUUGGAGGAGGAACGGCAGGUUGUGUGCUGGCGAAUCGUCUGAGCGAAGACAAGUCCGUGACCGUGCUCGUGCUCGAGCGAGGCGGAGUGCAGGAUGGGUGGAUAACGCGCAUCCCUCUCUUCUCCUCCCAUUUCGCGUCAGAUGGCUCCCGCACGCGUGUAUGGAAGAGCACACCACAGGCACACGCUGGCAACCGCAUCUUUGAACUCUGUGGCGGGAACUGCCUAGGCGGUGCGUCUAAAGUCAAUGCGAUGCUCUAUACGCGCGGCGUGCCAGCCGAGUACAAUUCUUGGAGCGAGGCCGGACAUGUUGGUUGGAGCUACGACGAGCUGCAGCAAUAUUUCAUCAAAUCAGAGACCGAUCUCGACCAAGAUCCGAAUGAGGCGGAUGAUUUUCAUGGGAUUUCUGGGGAAUGGAAGAAUCGGUCGCACAAACAAUCCUUCUGGGGUCACACACCGCAUAUCAUUGCAGCCGCAAAGGCCCUAGGCGUACCUUAUGUUGAUGAUCUGAAUUCACCGCUGCACCCAUCGCAUGGGUGUGCCAAAAUGCACUACACGAUUGACGGUGCCGGUCGGCGCAGUUCGACCCACAGCGCAUUCUUACCCAACGAGGUCGCGAAUGCGCGCAAGCAGCAUCUUCAUGUAUGUGCCAACGCACUUGUGACGAAGAUCGACGUGCAGAAAGGCGAGGACGGUGCGCUCAGGGCAGAAGGAGUGUACGUGCGGUCACUGCACGGUCACUCAUCGUCCCGCUUUGUACGUGCGCGGAAGGAAGUCAUUCUGUCUGCAGGUCCAAUAGCGUCUCCCCAGGCGUUAAUGCUCAGUGGCAUCGGUCCCGAAGAGCACCUCAAACAGCAUGACAUUGCUGUGCUGAAGGAUCUCCCGGGUGUUGGGUCACAUCUUCAAGACCAUCUUGGUGUGGCCGUGCAGUUCUGUGUGCCCUUGCUCGACUCGAUGGUAAAAUUCCAGCUACGGCCGUGGACGAUAAUUCGGGAGCUAUUCCUGUAUUUCUUUUUUGGUCUUGGGCUCCUGCUCUGCCCAGUUCUGGAGCUCUCCAUCUUCCUACAGUCGCGCUUGUUCGCCAAAGGCUACCGCACCGUCUCGCAGACCAAGUAUGACGAUGAUGCCUCUUUGUCCAUCAAUUUGCCGGACAUCGAGAUAAUGCCGAUUGCGUGGGCCGACAUCAAGGUCAAGAACACCGGUGCAGGGGGUCUAGGGUUCCUGGGCAUCGUUCUCCGACCAACCUCCCUCGGCACCGUCCGUCUCGGCUCGAGCGAUCCCCACGAGGACCCUGUCGUCGACCCGAACUAUCUCGCCACCGAGCACGACAUGGCGCUCUUCCGUCAUUCCGCGCGAUGGACCCUGCGGCUGCGCGACCAGAUCGCCGCGCGUGGCUACCCCAUCUCGGAUAACAUCGUGCCCGCGAGCGAGUCCGAUGCGGACAUCGACGCGUUCGUGCGGAGCGUGUGCCAGACCUCGAUGCAUUACUCCUCGACGUGUCGGAUGGCGCCGGAGAGCGACAACGGCGUGGUCGACGAUCGGCUGAGGGUGCAUGGCGUGCGGGGCUUGCGCGUGGCGGAUUCGAGUGUGUUCCCGGAUGUGCUGAGCACACAUCUUCAGGCGGCCACCGUAGUGGUGGCAGAAAAGUGUGCGGACAUGGUAAAAGAGGACCAUAAGGGAGACAUCUAG